AUGUACAAUACACAAGCCAAGUGUAUCGCUAGUGCGCACUUCGAUGCGCAGUGGAGGGCUCUGCGCAAUGACCUGCAGGGCCAGAUGGACGAGCUGACCCGCAGCACCCGAAGUGAGCUGGGCCGACUGCGAGGCUUGCAGACGCAGUCUGAGGAGGGUGCGCGCCGUCUCGACGCGGUGCUGGCAGAGUCUGCGACAGGGCGACAGAAGGCCGAACGAGUAGAAAGCCAGCUGGAGGAGCUGCGGGGGGUGGUCGCCCGCCUGAAGGAGGAGACUCGCACCGCCAGUGCUGCACAGCAGUCCGACUUCGAGGACCAACUGUGCAAGCUGCGUGACGAGAUCUCCGCCAGUGCCGCCAAGGACCUGCGAUCCCAGAGCGAGGCCAUGGCCGACCUCCAGCGACGCCAUCGGCUGGAUGUGGACUCCGUGCAGGAGCUCGUGGAACGCCAUCGAGGGGAGACUGCUGCAGAGCUGCAGGCACUGAAGACUUCCGAUGCGGAUUGCCAGCUCCAGCUGGAGCAACUCUCGCAGGCUGCUGCGGAUCUCUCAGAGGGUCGAAAAGGACUGGUGAAGGAGGUGGACGACUGCCGCGCGAUGGACAGGCAGAUCGAGGAUGCUGUGCGACGGAUGGAGAUCCGGAUCGAGAGGAUUUCCUCCGCAGCUGCGCAGUGCCUGGAAGGCCUCGACGCUGCCGAGCGCUCGGCAAGCGUGGCAGAGCGGAAAGCUGGUGAACUCAAGGAGCGCGCGGAGCUUCAAAACGAGAGCGUGGAGGCCCUGAAGAGCGCCGAUGCCGAUCGCCAGGCGCAGCUGGAUCGGCUGGUGGGGGCAUUGACGGAGCUUGGCGAAAGCCACAAAGGGAUCCGGGCUGAUGUGGAGAGCUUCCGCAGCGUCGAUAGAAGGCACGUGGAGGAGGCCCUUAGCCGCAUCGACGUCCGGCUCGAGCGCCUUGCUGCGACGACCGCCCAGAAUUCCGAAGGCCAGGCAGACAUCAAAGCCUUCGCGCGCGAGGCUGCUGAGAAGGUGGCCUUAGAUGCCCGCGACCUCGUGGAACAGCGCUCCGGGGAGCUACGCGACCUCCUCGAUCGGCAGUCCUUUGACACUGCUGGGAAGAUCGAGGCCGACUCCUUCUGGCGUGGUUGUAUUGGCCUUUUCUUCUGCGACUGGCCCUCGCGCUGCACCGGGCUUGAUCCUGCUCUUCCGUUUAUGGGUGCCCGUCCUACCUACUGGCCCAUCGAGGUUCUGGCCUGUCUUGGCAUUGGUUUGGUCUGGCUAGGCCACGACAGCGGCCAUUCCAAGGAGCGCGUCGCCUCCUUGGCAUCGGCGCCAAAGGCGCCAACGGGCGGACAGCGGAGACCGGCAGACUUGAGGUUACUGCACAACCAUCACGGCUCGAUGGCGCCCAAGAACUCCGCCAAGGAGAAACAGGGGAAAGGUGGUGGCAAAUCUGGCAAGGUAGAAGGACCGUUGCCGAGUUCGUCGCAAGUGCAGUUGGGGUUUCCGGCCGAGGUGAUCACGGCGUUGCAGUCGAUUCGGGACCGAGCGACGUCCGACCUACGUCUCGACGACUUCACCGUGGCAGAGGACCGCACGCUUAUUCAGGCAGCGAACCAACAAGCAUCGGCCAUCACCAGAGCGACCAAGCGGUUGGAAGCGAACUCGAGGGCGAAGAUCGCCUUGGGACAAGUUCUGGGGCAAUGGCUCGACCGAGUGGGUCGUCAUCUUGCUGCAGUGCCCCGGCAAAUCAACAAUGUCGGAGCACGCCUCGAUGCAGACAUUCAGGAUGCGAUCGCGGCGCUGGAUGCUGCAUCUCAGGGCCUGGCAGCUGGGCAGGCUGCCUUGCUUCGCCAACAGGCAGCCGAGGCAAUGGGACCACCCGUCAGCACUAUGGUUGGGCAGGAGGUACUCCGGAUUGCAGCGGAGUUGAGGGCAGCCGCUGCAGUGCCAUCAGGGAGUGCAUCCUUGGUCCCAGCACUCGGGGGACACUUUGGCCGCCAGGAUCUUGCUGUCGGGCAGGCCGAUGGCGGAAUAGACGUGGAUGCUUUCGCCGGCUUAAGCACGGGCGCCGAGGAAGAAGCCCUUACAGCUUCUCCGGUGAGACUGAUGGUCGAUCCGGGUCCAUCGUUACCAACAACUCUGCACCGUCGAUGGUCCCAGAAGAGGGCCACCGAUCCGACGGUACCACGGCCUUCCAAAAGCCCCAGGCGGAGCGACCCACCGGGAGAAGACAAGGCAGUGGAAGGUGCAGAAAUACCUACCCCUUGGUGCCGUGGGGCCACGGGCCGUUCGCCUGUCGGAUACAAGCCAACGCCCAUCACCACUGUUGGGGAUACGGCCGGGUCGAUGCUUGGUGCUGGAGGAGGACUGCCAGAGGCUUCGGGGCCACCGCUCGGCACAUUCCCUCCAACGGACAUGCCGUGCCCAGCGCAAGGCGAGGAAGACUGGGCAUUCGCCCAACAAACCUGGAUCAUGGCAUGGAUCGCGCUGGCUCAGCGCCUCUCCCUUCAAGGCCGGGACCUGGUGGGAGAUGUGCCCAACCCUCCGGACCAAUCGGACCUUCCUUGGCGCACAGCCACCGAGGAAGAGGUACAGAGUUUUCACCAGACCGCGGAGGCGACUUGGCGAUCUCUUCUCGAACACGCGCAAAGCCCAGAGCUGGUAACAGGACCACAGGUGCUCCGCGUGGCUCAGGAUGUCCAACGACUUGGAGGCAUGAUACACUCCCAGCCCAUCCUGGCUACGUCCUGUCGACAAGGUGUAGUUGCUCUUGCACACCUUCUCAAUGCGAGGAUCCUCGGCCUGGACGGAUUUGCACCUCAAACACGUCAGGAGUGGGCCAACCCCCACGAGGUGUUGGCCAGAGGCCUCACUCCGCACGGGCAUCUUGCUACCUCAAAAACGGAGGACGAAGCCGAGCUGACCCUCCUCGAACAAGACUGCCCGUUCUUCUGA